UGCAGGAAUCAGUAUGGCGGCAGCUGCAACGCUAUCAAGACUUGUUCGACUGCGACUAUAUAGCAUUAGCAGAAAUAAUGGUUUACUAUUUAACAGAGUGCAGAGGAGGGGAAUAGCAGCGUGUAUUGACCCUUCUGUAGGUCUCUCAGAUGAGCAGAGAGAAUUUCAGAAAGUUGCUUUUGAUUUUGCUGCCAAUGAGAUGGCACCCCAUAUGGCACACUGGGACCAAAACGAAAUCUUCCCUGUGGAAACCAUGAGAAAAGCAGCCCAGUUAGGGUUCGGGGGGACUUGUGUGCAUCCAGAUGUCGGGGGCUCCGGGCUGUCUCGGCUUGACGCCUCGGUCGUCUUUGAAGCCUUGUCCACCGGCUGUGCCAGCACUACGGCCUACAUGAGCAUACACAAUAUGUGUGCCUGGAUGAUUGACACGUUUGGUAAUAAUGAGCAGAGGGGGAAAUACUGUCCUGAUCUCUGCUCCAUGGAGAAGUUUGCAUCCUACUGUCUGACAGAGCCUGGCAGUGGAAGUGAUGCGGCAUCACUGCUGACCAGCGCGAAGCUGCAGGGGGACCUCUACGUUCUGAAUGGCUCCAAGGCUUUCAUCAGCGGCGGGGGGGACACAGAUGUCUACGUCGUGAUGUGUCGGACCGGAGGGAAGGGGCCCAAGGGCAUCUCGUGUCUGGUGGUGGAGAAGGGAACCCCAGGACUCAGUUUUGGCAAAAAGGAAAAGAAGGUGGGCUGGAACUCUCAGCCUACAAGAGCAGUGAUAUUUGAAGACUGUAAAGUUCCAGUGGCAAAUCGUCUGGGAAUAGAAGGACAGGGAUUCAACAUUGCUAUGAAAGGCCUCAAUGGGGGUAGAAUUAACAUCGCUUCCUGUUCUGUAGGUGCUGCUCAAGCAUGUAUCCAGCUGACCCGAGAUCACAUGCAUGUGCGCAAGCAGUUUGGAGAACCUCUUUCGAACAGCCAGUUCCUGCAGUUCAAGCUGGCAGAGAUGGCCACGAGGCUGGUGGCGUCGCGGCUGAUGGUGCGGCAGGCGGCCCUGGCCCUGCAGGAGGACCGGCCUGACGCCGUGCCCCUCUGCUCCAUGGCUAAGCUCUUUGCCACUGACGAGUGCUUCACGAUAUGUAACCAGGCCCUGCAGAUGCACGGAGGAUAUGGCUACCUCAAGGACUACGCCGUGCAGCAGUUCGUUAGAGAUAUCAGAGUACAUCAGAUACUGGAAGGUACCAAUGAGGUGAUGAGGAUGAUCAUUGCCAGGAGUUUAUUGGCUGAAUUUUGAUCGUUCCAUGGAGACUGCAGGGUAGAACAGACUCUCUCGCUUCUGCUCUUCUACCAUGUCUGGCUCUGCCUGCCUCUUUGUUAGCAACAUUACCAGUCUGGUAUUGAGGAGUUGGGUGGUAUUGUACUCUUUCUAGUCACAAGUGGGGUCUGAGUUUCAGUUCACUACCCAGAAGUAAAGAAUUUUCCAGUGAGAUUUUCUGCCACACUAAACAAAAAAAAAAAAAAAAAAAAAAAAAAAAAAAAAAAAAAUUCACUUUAAACAAAAACAAAAAGUAACAAAACAAAAAGUAACCAGUUUGCCUCAGUUUUAAAUAAUGUCUUCUAGAAUAAUGAAUAUCAACUUAGUAAAAUUGUCAUGUUUCUUGAUAAAUGAUUAAAUAAAGCUAUUUCAUAGUGGACUUGGAUGAUUGGAUCCUACUGUUUUUGUUUUUGCUGUGUAUUCCAUGAACCGGUCUAAUAAAACAUGCUGAUGAA